AUGAAGGACAGGCUAGAGGAGCUGAAGAACCGAGUUAACGAAGAUGGGGACUCUCUGGAACUGGAGGAGACCCUUUCCUUCGACAACCCCAUCUUCAACGAGGGAGAGAGCAACCCCAUGAGCAAAGUUUUCCAGGAAGUCACCAGCCUCUCCUUGGCUCUGGAUAAGCUGCAGGAAUUAUCCGAGGACAUCGACAGGAGGCAGCAGCAGGUCCUGUGCUGUACCACCGAGGAGAGCAUCUGCCGAGAGAAGAAAGAGCUGAGCCAGAUCAAAAAUGAUUUCACCAAGGAGGCCAAAACCAUCCAGCCAAGGCUCAACAGCAUCCGGGAGACUCCGGCCAAGGGCGGUGAGCAGCAGUUGGCCAUCAGCCGCAUCCGCCACAGCCAACUCUUGGUCCUGAUUGGCCGCUACCGCGACAUCGUCACCGCCCAUUAUGCCAAGGAGACCCAAUAUGUGGAGAAGCUGAAGGAGCAGAUCCGAAGACAGACAGAACUGGCCGGCUUGAGCUUGCGGGAGGAGGACAUCAGGCAGCUGGUGGAGAGUCCGGUGGCACCACGCAUCGUCGGCCAAGACCUGGAAGUGCUCAAAGCCAAGCAACACCUGGCCAUGGCUCAAGUGCGCCACCAACAGCUGCUCGACUUGGAAGCUCAGAUUACGGAACUUCACUCCCUCUUCUUGCACAUGGAGGUCUUGAUAGCUGAACAGCAGGAGACCAUCGACAGCAUUGAGUACAACGUCUUGCACACCCUCGACUACAUCUCCCAGUCCAAUGAGGAGGUCAAGAAAGCGCUCAAAUAUGAGCGGCAGUCCCGGUUUUCUGCUGCAUUUUCUGCACUGCUGGGACUCUGCGCUUGUUGCACAUGCCUAUCAUGUAUGGCCACCCCAAGCAUAGUACGGUGA